UUUGCUGUCUGAUCUGUGAACUUGAAACUAAAGAGUUAAAAGACCAAGAGGCUUUGUUUGAAGGGGAUAAAAAAGCUCUGUUUUGGUUACAAUGAGCUGUCUGAGCGUCUGAGCCACCCCUUACCCCCAUCUCACUCGUGCAUAAUCACCGCUAUGCACGACAACCCCUGUUAUGCACACUUUUAUGCAUAAAAAAAUGUAUAUAUAUGCGCGCUCCAACUUAUGCUUUUUUUGCUUAUGCACGAAAAGUCCGGUUAUGCAUAAACAUAAGCAUGCAUAACAGGUCAGGGCCUAGGCCGUGCUGCUAUAGGGCAUUGGCCGCGCGUCAUCCGUGGGCGGCGGCGGUCGACUAUCCGGCCUACUCGGCAGCCGCGGCUCUGGCAGUGCCUCGGGCGGUGCCCCCUCCGGGUGGCCUGGCGCUGGUUCUUCGGAAGGUGGCGGGUCAACCAGUGGCUAAAUCCAGACGUGUGUCGACUGGCAUCAACGGCAACGAGAGUUCAGCUUUUGGUACAUCACACAGUGGCGGUAGCAGGUCCGGUGGUCCCACGGGCGGUGGUUCCACUUCGACCGGGGCGAGCACCACGACCUUCCGCACCCUGGGUAAGCGCUCUGUUCAAGAGCGCCACAACAGCGAGGAGUGCCACGAGACGGGCAUUGGCAGGGAAUCAACCAUCAACAUGGAGAUGUCCGGACAAAACCUCUUCGAUGCGCUUGACACUGCGCUGGUGCCCAAGGCGGCGAAGGCCGCGCUGUUGGGCCUUUUGCUGCAGCUCAUCAGCCCCGACGUGGCCAACAUGCUCGGCGGCGAGUCCUCCAAGAAGACAGUGGGCCCCGGCGAAAAGACUGCCCGCGGGGUCACUGCGAAAGUCAUGAGUGUUUACGCCUAUGGGUUCGUCGGCCCCGCCAGGAUGCAAUUUUCCGGCGGGGGGCCCACCAACGCUCUGACAAACCCUUUCCUCGCGUUGGGUUCUCACGCGUGGCCGGGAGCGAGGCAAAACCUGAACACCUUCCCCGCCAUAUUAGUGAAAGCAGUAGUCUCGGCGAGGACGGAACUACACGCAGAGAUCCGCAACGCCAUCGCUGAAUUCCUCAUCCCUCUCAUGGAAGAGGAGGCAUCCACGAACAACCCGAUGACCGGCGCGGACCUCCUCCGUGGCGUCCGCGAGCGGAUAAUGGACGUCGACCCCGAGUCGGAGGAACUGACUGGCCUGAUGUCCCGCAUCAUGUGGCGCUUUACCAAGGCGCACCAAGCUUCCACCCGUAAGGCCCUCACCUUGGGGUUCCUCUUGGGACCGGAGAGACUGAAGGACGACUUCCUUGGACAGGUUGUCACUCCCGCAUUGCUGCACGCAGCUAACGACAUCGCGGCCCUUCCGGUCAACGAGAUCGGCACCCACGAGACAAUUGUCUGCAAGGUCACCCGGAAGUCGAGAGCCUGGAUCAAGCUAUCUGCCGGCGGCUUUGGUUCCGCCAACGCCCGGGCCUUCCAAGAGAGCCUAUGGUACAACUUGUUCCAGUUCAUGACUGGACCGCGACGCUGCACGGCGGCGAUCCUUACCAUCCCCAGCUCCGACUUCCACAAGCCGGAGAUCAUGCGCUUCCUCGCCCCCUACUUCGUCGAGAAGGACAGCCUCGAUGUGCCGGAGACCCCGGCGGCAGACGUUUACGUCCAGGAUGAUGAUCUUGAAGCAUACCUCAACGACAUGUUUUAAUGUUUUGCGUGCGAGGGGCGGGGCCAUGGCCGUGUUGAUGGUAUAUGGCAGGUGCCCAUGGAGAGUGCAUCUCGAAUAGCAUCGGUGCAUCCAUCUUGUCAUGAAACCUCCACUAUUUGCGGGAGGUGUUGGCGUGGGCCGGCUGUGAGCUACGAAUCCGUGUUUCAUAAACCUUACCACUGGUACACGUUAAACGAGAAGUUGACAAGUCACGUUUUUGUGGCCGGGGGAUUGGAUGGAUAAUUAAACNGAGAGUGCAUCUCGAAUAGCAUCGGUGCAUCCAUCUUGUCAUGAAACCUCUACUAGGNCGAAUGAAUCCGUGUUUCAUAAACCUUUCCACUGGUACACGUUAAACGAGAAGUUGACAAGUCAUGUUUUUGUGGCCGGGGGAUUGGAUGGAUAAUUAAACUAGCGUGAUGGGAGUGGUGCACGUGGGUAGCUGUCGUCGCUGCAUCGAGAUUGGUAUGGCUCGAGCCUCGCGUCUUGAUAUUUCCGUAUCUCAUGCAUGGUCCAUCGAAGGAAAAGUCUUCGGGGCAGUUUUUCCCGAUGUUGUAGUUUCUCACAAAGUACCUCAAUUUUUUUUGGUUUUCAGUUUAUUCCAUCUCAAGAGAAUAUUCAUCGUGGCAGUGUUUAUUGGGUGUAAGUUACUCAGAGUCCUCCGAUUUUUUUUUGUUUUAAUUUAUUCCAUCAAGAGAAAAUUCAUCGCGGUGGUAAGUUACUUAGAGUCCUUCAACUUUUUUUUUAAAAUCUAUUCCAUAGAGAGAAAAUUCAUCGUGGCAGUUUUUCUUGGGUGGUAUAAGUUACUCAAAGAGUCCUUCAAUUUCUUUUGUUUUUAACUUUUCCAUCGAGAGAAUUUCAUCGCGUUGGUUUUUAAUUGUUCCAUCGAAAGAAUAAUUCUUCUGCGCAGUUUUAUAGAUUUUUUAUUUUUAUCUUUUUACGAUGGAAUCAGAUAAGUUGGGGGAGAAGGUUUGGCAUUCAUUGCCAGCUGGCUAUGCUGGGCACAUGGAGCGUGUUCGUUCGUGUUAUGUCGAAGAAGCAUUACAUAUUGCGUGCAGCGUUCGGCCUCUNUACGUGCAAUCGGUGACGUCAUCAUGUACCCUGUAGGGGAGGUAUAUAUUGGGUGCCUUGAGGUCCCCUCAUAGUAGCAGUAUCAUGCGGUACGUUGUUUGUUGAUGGAAUUGACGCGCCGGAGUUGUACAUGUAUGUUACAGAGGGAGGGGGAAGCAAGGAAAGGCACGGAUCAGGGCGGGGGGCGGGGGUGUGUCAAAAGGCGACAUAUAUGGCGUGGAUGAGCUUGAGCGUGUUUGUACCUCUCGGAGCACUACAGUACAUGCUGCUGCAAGGGACGACAAGGGAAAAACAAAAAAAAAGACAAAUGAAACAAA